GCGGGUGCCCUUUGCGCGGGGAAGCCAGUGCCGCGAUUGGGCGACGGUCCCUGAGCCUCCAGUUCCGCGUCGGUUUCAAGGCUCCUCCCUCCUGGUGAAAGACAGACUGCGGGGCGCCUGGAAACCGGUCCGAGGGCGCGCGAGGGAGUGGAGAACGAGCGAGUUGAGGGAUUGACACAAAUGGUCAGGCGGCGGCGGCGGAGAAGGAGGCGGAGGCGCAGGGGGGAGCCGAGGCUGCUGGGCUGCCGAGAGUUGCGCGCUCUACGGGGCCGUGGCCACUAGCGCGGCGCCGCCAGCCGGGAGCCAGCGAGCCGAGGGCCAGGAAGGCGGGACGCGACCCCGGCGUGCCGGAGCCACCCGGGCUCUACCCGCCGCCCACGCUUCAUGAAUCGCAAGUUUCCGCGGCGGCGGCGGCUGCGGGACUUGGAGCGGGAGCCGGGAGAGCGGGCUGAGCGCAGCUCGGGCUCGACGGAGGGCACCGGCGCGGAGGAGAUCUCCCCGGACGCAGGGGGAGCCGCCGCCGGCCGCGCCACUGCCAGCCUCAGCCGGGCGGCGCCAAGAAAGGAGCCGAGAAAGUAUGGCUGAAGAGGAGGCGCCUAAGAAGUCCUGGGCCGCCGCCGCCGGCGGCGGCGCGAGCUGGGAACUUUAUGCCGGGGCGCUCCCAGCUGGACCGGUGGCGGAAGGGAGCGGAGAUGCGGAGAGCCGCCGCCGCCGCCGCCCCCCAGCUGACUCCGGGCGCUUGGCGCGCCGGCUCCUGCUACUGCUUUGGCUGCUGGAGAUUCCGCUGCUGCUGGGGGUCCGGGCGCAGGCAGUGGGCCAGGGGCCGGGCCAGGGGCCCGGGCCGGGGCAGCAGCCCCCACCGCCGCCGCCUCAGCAGCAGCAGGGCGGGCAACAGUACAACGGCGAGCGGGGCAUCUCUAUCCCGGACCACGGCUACUGCCAGCCCAUCUCCAUCCCGCUGUGCACAGACAUCGCGUACAACCAGACCAUCAUGCCCAACCUUUUGGGCCACACGAACCAAGAGGAUGCGGGCCUCGAGGUGCACCAGUUCUACCCCUUGGUGAAGGUGCAGUGCUCGGCGGAACUCAAGUUCUUCUUGUGCUCUAUGUACGCGCCAGUGUGCACGGUGCUGGAGCAGGCUCUGCCGCCCUGCCGCUCCCUGUGCGAGCGUGCGCGCCAGGGCUGCGAGGCGCUCAUGAACAAGUUCGGCUUCCAGUGGCCUGACACGCUCAAGUGUGAGAAGUUCCCGGUGCACGGCGCCGGCGAGCUGUGCGUGGGCCAAAAUACGUCGGACAAGGGCACCCCGACGCCCUCGUUGCUCCCGGAGUUCUGGACCAGCAACCCUCAGCACGGCGGCGGGGGGCACCGUGGCGGCGGCUUCCCGGGGGGCUCCGGCGCGUCGGAGCGUGGCAAGUUCUCUUGCCCGCGCGCCCUCAAGGUGCCCUCCUACCUCAACUACCACUUCCUGGGGGAGAAGGACUGCGGUGCGCCCUGUGAGCCGACCAAGGUGUACGGGCUUAUGUACUUUGGGCCCGAGGAGCUGCGCUUCUCGCGCACCUGGAUCGGCAUCUGGUCGGUGCUGUGCUGCGCCUCCACGCUUUUCACGGUGCUAACGUACCUGGUGGACAUGCGGCGCUUCAGCUACCCAGAGCGGCCCAUCAUCUUCCUGUCCGGCUGCUACACGGCAGUGGCCGUGGCCUACAUCGCCGGCUUCCUGCUGGAGGACCGAGUGGUGUGUAACGACAAGUUCUCCGAGGACGGGGCACGCACAGUGGCGCAGGGCACCAAGAAGGAGGGCUGCACCAUCCUCUUCAUGAUGCUUUACUUCUUCAGCAUGGCCAGCUCCAUCUGGUGGGUGAUCCUGUCGCUCACCUGGUUCCUGGCAGCGGGCAUGAAGUGGGGUCACGAAGCCAUCGAGGCUAACUCGCAAUAUUUUCACCUGGCCGCCUGGGCCGUUCCGGCCAUCAAGACCAUCACCAUCCUGGCGCUGGGCCAGGUGGACGGCGAUGUGCUGAGCGGGGUGUGCUUCGUAGGGCUCAACAAUGUGGACGCGCUGCGCGGCUUCGUGCUGGCGCCACUCUUCGUGUACCUGUUCAUCGGCACGUCUUUUUUGUUGGCCGGCUUCGUGUCCCUCUUCCGCAUUCGCACCAUCAUGAAGCACGACGGCACCAAGACCGAGAAGCUGGAGAAGCUCAUGGUGCGCAUCGGCGUUUUCAGCGUGCUUUACACGGUGCCAGCCACUAUUGUCAUCGCCUGCUACUUCUAUGAGCAGGCCUUCCGGGACCAGUGGGAGCGCAGCUGGGUGGCCCAGAGCUGCAAGAGCUACGCCAUCCCCUGCCCCCACCUCCAGGCGGGUGGAGGCGCCCCGCCGCACCCGCCCAUGAGCCCAGACUUCACAGUCUUCAUGAUCAAGUACCUUAUGACGCUGAUCGUGGGCAUCACGUCAGGCUUCUGGAUCUGGUCCGGCAAGACCCUCAACUCCUGGAGGAAGUUCUAUACUAGGCUCACCAACAGCAAACAGGGGGAGACCACCGUCUGAGACCUGGGGGUUCAGCCCAUUCCCAGCCAUCGGCUUCGUCCCAGCCACUCCCAUAAAGCUGGCCCCAUGGAACUCUUGCCAAGCCUGGCUACUCGAGGCUUUCUCACUAGCCAUUCACUUUUCCCAGGCUCCUUUCAACAACACAGCUCCUGCAAAAGCUUUGGUCCCUUGGGGCAAAUGGACUGGAGGGCCCAACUGCCACAGGGGGGAUGGACAGACCACUCUGGUUCUCACUUUCUGGUACCAGGACUGUACGCUUUUAUGAUUGUAAAUAGCCUGUGUAAGAUUUUUGUAAGUAUAUUUGUAUUUAAAUGA